AUGAGUAAGUUGAGUGCAGAAGAAAUUCAAAAACAACAAAAAUUUACAUUAGCACAGUCAGAGACGUAUAAAAAAAUAUGUAAAGAAUAUGAAUCAAAAAAAUAUUCACAAGCACUCAAUAAUCUUAAUAAAAUAUUAAAAGUUAUACCAGAAAAUGGAGAAGCAAUUGCUAUGAAAAAUUUAAUUCUUUAUCAAACAGAACAACAAGAAGCGAAAGAAACAAUAGAAGGAAUUAAAUAUGCAUUAAGAAAUAAUUUAAGAAGUGCUACUAUUUGGCAUUUAUAUGGAAUUGUAUGUAGAUCAGAAAAAAGAUAUUCAGAAGCAUUAAAAGCAUUUAAAACAAUGAAUAAUUUAGAUGGAAAAUCAUUAUUUUUAAAAAGAGAUUUAUAUUGUCUUCAAAUGCAAAAUCAUGAUUAUAAUGGAGCACUUCAAACAAGAACACAAAUGGUUGAUAUGAAAAGGGAUUUUGGAGGAAAUUGGAUUUGUAAAGCAACAUCAGCAUUUUGUGCAGCAAAAUAUGAAAUUGCAUUUCAAUCAUUAAAUGUAUUUAUGACACAUUUUGCAAAAAAACAAGAUGAUUGGAGAUGGUCAGAUUUACUACAAUUUAAAAUUAUAAUUUUAAUAGAAGGUAAAAUGUAUGAAAAAGCAUUAGAAUUUCUUAAAAAAGAAGGACAAUUUAUUUUAGAUAAAACAUUUGUUAAAGAAGAAUUAUUAAAAUGUUAUUUUAAUCUUCAAAAUACAAAAGAAGUAAAAAAUAUAUUAAAAGAAUUAUUUAAAUUAAAUCCAUAUAAUGAAUUAUAUCAUUCUAUUUUAUUAGAUUUAUUUAAUAUUAAUUUAGGAAAAUUAAAUUCAGAUGAUUCAUUAAAAGAACUUCAAGAAUUUUAUAAAGAAGUUAAUUUUGAUAAAAGUUAUUUUGUUCAAAUUGAAUAUUUUUGUCUUCGUUCAUUUAAUGAAGAAUUAAAAAAAGAAUUAGAAAUGUUUAUUGAUGAAUUAAUAACAUUAAAAAAAACGAAUAUUAAUAAACUUUUAAAUAAUGUUUUUAAUUCAAAAAUUAGUAUUGACGCAGAAUUAAAAUAUCAAUGCGUUUUAAAUAAAUUAAAAGAUUUAAGUCAUGCUGCUCGUUAUUGUCUUUCUUAUAAAAAUAUUCCUGCAAAAGAAAUUCAAAAUAAAAGUAGUUCUAUUUUAUUAAAUUAUGUUUCAAUGAUUAUUCAAAGUGGUGAUUUAAAUGAAGCUUUAGAAUAUCUUGAAAUUAUUGAUAAAGAUGAAUUUAUUCUUCAAAAAUAUUAUUGGAAAGCAAAAUGUUUAUCUAAAAGGGAAGAAUUUAAACAAGCUAUAAAAUAUUUGGAAUUAAUUAGAGAGAAACAACCGUAUAAUAGAAAUUUAUUAAAUAAAAUUAUUAAAUAUUCUCUUAAAUGUAAUGAAAUUGAAAACGCUUGUAAUUUACUUAAAAUUAUUAAUUCUAAAGAUGAAAAUGACCCUUCUAGUACUAACGCUUAUUUAUUAUUAGCUUUUGCAAAUGCUUAUUUCCUUAAAGGUGAUCUUGAAAAUGCUAAAAGAUAUAUCGAACAAAUACUUUCUUAUUUUAAUCGUUUACAAGUUGAUUUAUUUGAUUUCCAUUUAUAUGUCUAUGAAAAAAUGAGUGUUGUUGCUUAUCUUGACCUUUUAAGAAAUGUUGAAAGUUUUGAUAAUUCAGAUUUAAAAAAGAAAGCUAUUGAAUUAUUGGAAUUAAUUAAUGGUGGUCAAUAA